AUGAUUGGAAAAUCGAGAUUUUUAUCAAGAAAUGUUGGACUUCUAAGGAAUGCCGUAGCACAUACAGAUAUUACAUCAUCCACGGCUCUAGCUUCAGUAUGUCCUGUCCAGAUACGUGAAAAGUCAUCAACUCCUCUGAACACCAUCAUCAUGUUUGUUCCUCAGCAAGAGGCCUGGAUCGUGGAGCGCAUGGGAAAAUUUCACAGAAUGUUGGAGCCUGGUUUGAAUUUUUUAGUCCCUUUUAUUGACAACAUAAAAUAUGUUCAAAGCUUGAAAGAAAUGGCAAUCGACGUACCCAAACAAAGUGCCAUUACGAGAGACAAUGUUACUUUGGACAUUGAUGGUGUCUUGUAUUUACGGGUCAACGAUCCUUACAAGACUUCUUACGGUGUUGAGGAUCCGGAAUUUGCUAUUAUUCAAUUGGCGCAGACAACAAUGAGAUCUGAGUUGGGAAAAAUCGCUUUAGAUAAUGUAUUUAGGGAAAGAGAAGAUCUUAAUGUCAAUAUUGUCGAGAGUAUCAACAAAGCUGGCGAAGAUUGGGGUAUUACCUGUUUACGUUAUGAAAUUCGUGAUAUCCGAUUGCCAUCCAGAGUCCAAGAAGCAAUGCAGAUGCAAGUAGAAGCCGAGCGUAAAAAACGUGCUGCAAUUUUAGAAUCCGAGGGAAUAAGAUCAGCAGACAUAAACGUCGCUGAAGGUAAACGUCAGGCGAGAAUAUUAGCGUCUGAAGCUGAAAAACAAGAGCAAAUAAACAAGGCCAGUGGAGAAGCAAAUGCCUUGCUGGCGGUCGCUGAAGCUCGUGCCCAAGCACUUCAGAUCGUCGCUAAAGCUUUAGGUCACGAGGAUGGAAAAAACGCCGCUGCCUUGAAUGUCGCUGAGCAGUACGUUCACGCUUUCAGCAACUUAGCCAAAACAAAUAACACUUUAAUUUUGCCGAGUAAUGUCGGCAAUGUUUCGGGUUUAGUCGCUCAAGCAAUGUCUAUUUACAAACAACUUUUACCGCAAAACGGAGAAAUUGGUUCCAAGAACACCAUUAGUUCUCAUACCAAUGACGAAGCCUUUGAAUAUUUCAGCGACCAGGACGAAGCUGUAAAAAAUAGUAAAAACACAACAAAUACUAAAUCGAUUGAGUAG